AGAUGCUCCGGUGACCUCUGGCUGCGCGACGAGAGCUGGGCCGGGAAGGCGCUAGUGCAGCCGCGGCGGGCCGUGUGGACUAUGCCCCUGGUGCAUUCCUCGCAUUCCUGCACAAUCUGUCGCCAGCCGAGGAGCCCGCGGCGCGCUCCACCCCCCCCACCCCGGACACACACACCUGCCUAUUUGCUGCGCCCCGAGCGGCCACCGCCGCCGCGACGCCUCAACUGCCCGCGCUCGCUGUUUGUCGCACUCAGCCACACGCAACCAAAUCCCGGCCCCGCCGCUCAACCCCUCGCUUCCCGGGUAGGGGGAAACGGGGAGAGGGCCAGGCAGCCCCAGCGGUGGGCAGGGACACCAGAACCGCCUGGGGUGGGGGGUGCCGCAGCUCCGCUUCAACUCCUGGCGGGGUGAGGGGGAA